CGUCUUCCCCAGAGCCUGUCCAUCGUGACAGUGCUGCCUCCUCCACUGGAUGCUGUCGGGUUGACAGGGAGAGGGGAGGCCCAGGAAGCACAGAGAGACCUGCUUGCACUCUUGCCAAGAAAGCGUGCCUCACCUCCAACUGAGGAGGACAUGGAUGAGAACAGGCUUCUGGGAUAUGACUGACGGCUGCUCCCAGCCAACCAGAGCGGGGAUGCUGCGAGCAGCUCGCCCGCUUCUCUCACGCCAUUGGCUGUUGUCCGGAGAGUCGGGCUUUGCUCUGAUAUUAAUGACUGCUGAGGAGACGGCGGAGCAUCUAUGUGGUCCGCCUGACACUUGAUCGAGGGGGAGAGAGAUGCGCCGAGAACAGCCGCUGUGAAGACGGGAACGGGGAAGGGCACAGGGAACACAUGCGUCUUCUCUGCGCGCUCUCGCCACGCUGAUUUUUUGGGGACUUCUUUGUUUUGGCUUCAUCCUCCUGCAGAAGCCGUGCGUGUUUGUCUGUGGAGGAGAGUCCAGAACCGGUUCCUCCUCGGCUGCGUGAGGAGAAGAGGACCACACAUUGUUGACUGGCUUUACGUUGCGCGCUGUGGCUCUCUCGUCAUUGGAGCGGCACACUUGAUGGGAAUAUAGACGCACUGAUCCGAGGACUAUGACGGUUAAAUCGGACCAGAUGUGUGAAGGUGGUGGACAUUGAUUCUCUGAGCGCAACAGCUAUGGUAGGAAUGGGCUGGGCUGUGGACCCUCGAAGUUAGUAACGACAAUCAAUGAGGACACGCAUCUUUAAAGACAGAGAAGAGUCUACAUGGAUAUCUAUAACUGUGCUCAACGUAGGUCCUUUGAGGUAUAAUAUCAGUGCAUCCUUUUUUCCCCCCCUACCCACCUUCUCGGGUCUGCCUGGCUGCAGUCUUGGCCCUGAACCCUGACACCAGAAGGCAACAUUGAGUGAUUGGUCAUUACAUCCAAGGGCGUCUACACAGCAAGACAAAAUAAUCUCUUGGGAGCUGCGCUGCAGCUGGUGGUCGUGGUGGUGAACGGGGCGGUGAGUCAAUCGCCUCAGAAGCUGCAGCAAAUGAUUCAUUAUUUGUGAAGUUAACAGCUAAGACCACUUAAUCUACAAGGACCAAUUUCUAACUGGAGAGAAUCGGUCCAAUAUGAAGGACGUGUCAUUCGUGGAUCGUCUCUUUGUCGGCUUGGCCAUUGCCUCUUUUGUUGUGGCCACUGAGGAGAGGCCUGACUGCCCAAAACUCUGUGUAUGUGAGAUCAGACCCUGGUUUUCUCCCAGUUCCGUGUACAUGGAGGCACAGACAGUUGACUGUAAUGACUUGGGACUCUUUAGCCUGCCGGAAAAAUUACCAGUGGGCACACAAGUACUAUUAUUGCAAACAAACAAUGUUGCCAAGAUUGAAAACCCGUUGGAUUACCUGGCAAACAUAACAGAGAUUGAUUUAUCACAAAACAACUUAUCCUCUAUCAGCGACGUCCAUCUGGGGAACCUUCCUCAGCUUCUAUCUCUUCAUAUGGAGGAAAACUGGAUACGGAUGUUGCCAGAACGAUGUCUGGCAGAGGUGGCUAACCUUCAGGAGCUCUACAUGAAUCACAACCUCAUAUCCUCCAUUUCUCCACUGGCUUUCCAGGGUCUCAGCAACCUUGUACGGCUCCACCUCAAUUCUAACAAACUGGUGGUCAUUAAGAGAGAGUGGUUCGAACCCAUGCCAAAUCUUGAGAUUCUGAUGAUCGGUGAGAAUCCAGUUCUUUCUAUCGAUGAUAUGAACUUCAAACCUCUCAGUAACCUCCGCAGUCUUGUUCUCACCAGAAUGAACUUGUCUCAGCUUCCUGACGAUGCACUGGCUGGUCUUGAUAAUGUUGAGAGCAUCUCAUUCUAUGAUAACAUUUUCCCUGAGGUGCCUCAUUCAGCCUUGAAAAAUGUAAAAAAUCUCAAGUUUUUGGAUCUAAAUAAAAACCCCAUUGCAAGGAUACAGAGAGGGGACUUUGUGGAUAUGCUUCAUCUUAAAGAACUGGGGAUCAAUAGCAUGCCAGAGCUAGUUUCCAUUGACAGCUUUGCCCUCAAUAACCUCCCUGAGCUCACUAAAAUAGAGGCCACCAACAAUCCUAAACUCUCCUACAUCCAUCCUAAUGCUUUUUACAAACUACCACGGCUGGAAACCCUAAUGCUAAAUAGCAAUGCACUCAGUGCCCUGCACAGGAUUACUGUCGAGUCCCUCCCAAAUCUCAGAGAAGUUAGUAUGCACAGCAACCCUAUCCGCUGUGACUGCGUAGUCCGCUGGAUGAACAUGAACAAGACCAACAUUCGCUUCAUGGAGCCUGAUUCACUCUACUGUGUGGAGCCUCCCGAGUACGAGGGGCAGCAUGUCCGACAGGUGCACUUCAGGGAGAUGAUGGAGAUUUGUCUGCCACUCAUCUCUCCCGAAAGCAUGCCUGGGCAUAUUAAAGCAAAGAACGGGAGCUCAGUGUCACUCCAUUGUCGGGCAUUUGCUGAACCUGAACCGGACAUCUAUUGGAUCACCCCAUCUGGUGCCAGGGUUCUGCCCAACACCGUCUCUGACAAGUUCUACAUGCACCCAGAGGGAACUUUUGACAUCUAUGACAUAACAGAAAAUGAGGCUGGUCUUUACACUUGUGUUGCCCAUAAUCUGGUUGGAGCUGAUCUUAAAUCGGUUUCAGUAGAGGUAAAUGGAUAUUUCCCCCAAUCUGCAAAUGGUUCUCUCAAUGUUGCAGUGAAAUCCGUGGAGACUAACUCCAUCCUGGUUUCCUGGAAGGCUGGACCUGGCACCCUUGCUCCCAACAUUAAAUGGUACACUGUGUCAGAAGCCAACCAUCCUACUAUAGCGUUUACCGCCAGAGUUCCCUCUGAUGUCCAGGUCUACAACCUCACCCAUCUCAACCCUGCCACUCACUACAAAGUAUGUGUGGAUGUCCGCAGCAUCCAGUACAACCAUGACACCAAAUGUGUCAAUGUCACCACUAAGGGAAUAGAGCUGGCAGCCAGGGGUACGGAAAAAUGGGAUGCAGCAGUAAUUACUGUCUUUGGUGUGCUCUUGGCCGUGAUUUCAGUGGCCUGCCUGCUUAUUUAUGUCUCUCUGAGGAACCACCACCUUUACGGGGAUAUAAGAAAAUGCGACUCCAAAGCUCCGCUGAAACCAGUGGAAGCUACCGGUAUGCACUAUCCUUUCUUUACAAAGCUGUGGGUUUCGGGUAAGGGACUGCCAAGUGGAGUGGAAGUGAAAGCCACAGUCAUAAAUGUAUCUGACAAUGCCUUUUAAGAAGAGCAGCUUUGUAGAGCACCACACACCAACUACACUGAAUGGACGAUAGGGCAGGGAUGGACAAAUCUGUUGUACUGUUUCAAAGGCAAACCCAUUGCUGGUCCCCAGCUCAGAUACAAUGGCAAAACUAUUAAUGGACUGGGAUGGAACUGUUUAAAAUAGACUACAUGCUCUCCCAGUUUCAACCCUAGCUGAAGUUGUGGCUUUGCAACUGAUGCAUUAAACCAAGCUCACAUCAACAGGAAGGGGCAUUUACUGCAAAAAGAUAUAUUUCGUUAACAUUCAUACAGGAAAUGCAGGCAGGGAAAAGGGAAGCAAAAAUGAUGAUGAUGAUGAUAUUGAUGAUGAUGAUGAUGAUGAUGAUGAUGAUGGUCAACUCUCUUGUAAUUGACUGUUAAAUGUGUUCAGAGUCGUGGAACUGUCUGUGUGGUCCCAAGCAAUACCGUCUGUGCUUUGUCAAACAUCCAUAGACGAGUUAGCGAUACAGUUAUAACACCUGUCUAUUACGGGAAGGGAGAUUUAGUAGAGUAGACAAAUAACAGUGAUUAUGGUGUAAGCCUUUUGAUGAAAUACAGUAUACCCCCCUUUUUUCUAUUUAAAAAUGGAUUCUUAAUUUUUCAUGGAAAUACUGUUAGAUAUUCUAUUAUGUUGAUGUAAUGACAAAUCCUCUGUAUCCGAACAGUUUAAAUGGGUUUUGAAUCAAGGCAAGAAGCAGACUACUUUUGAUUACAAUGUCACAUUAAGCUUAAUGGAAUUCUGCUACAAAACGGGCAUCUAGAGAGGACAUUUCUCCAAAUGGCUGUUUAUGCUGUGUACAGUAGUUCUCAUUGCAAUGGUGACUGGGAAAUAAAACGUGGGUACGUUGGACUAAAGGAGAUAUAACAGGUUGAUAAAAAACUGAGGUGACCGGCCUUUUUCUAAGCAGACAUUUUGAUACGUCACAGUUGGAAAAGUACAUGAGGUACUGAUAACAUUAAAGAUGGCUCCCUUCAAUUGGAGCAUCACAGUCAGACAUGACUGUGUAACAGUGACCGAGCAUGCACAAUACCAAGACCCUGAAAUCGGAGCAGAUGUAUGGAAUCCAGCCAUCCUUCAUUGUAUUAUUUACACCUGUGCUUUUCGUACUGCGACAUAUCAAAAAUGUCUGCUGUGGACAAAAAAGGCCUAUUGAUUUGUUAUUGCCUCAAGAAAGCGGUCUGUUAUGCCCUGGUAAGUGCCUACAACAAGAACUACAUGUGGUAAACGGAGAAGAAACUGAAGAAACACAUCAGCCUCAGCAAAACAUGGCCAUGUCAUCAUUGCAGAAUCACAAGCUACUCUCCGGUACUUUUAGUGGAACUACUUUCUCAGUAUUUUUAGCAUACAUAUUUUAAGAAAACAUUUCGUUGUUGCUUUGGGUGUAAAGUUAAAAAGCCAUUUUUAUAUUAACUGUAUUAUAUGUGAUCAAUGGGCACAACAGACUAAUUAAGAAAAGUGCUAAGAAAAACAAUAAAUGUCAUUGUUUCUUUUACAAACAA